AUGUUAUUAGUGGGCAUCAAGAAGAAGUCCAAAGUGCCAGGGGUUAUGAUCACACAGUAUGUGGAGGAAAUCCCUGAGGGCAAGAGCCACCCUGACUUCACACGCAAACCAAUCGCCUUAACCAUUCAAGAAGGUAAAUUGGCCAUUUUCAAAGCUAUUUGCGUUGGAGAACCGUAUCCAACUGUUACGUGGGGUCGAAAUAAUGGAGAGGUCACUGAUCCGGAGAAAUAUCAACCCAAAUUUGAUCCCAAUUCUCUUGAGCACACUCUUGAGAUGCCGAAUAUUAAAUCAGAACAAGCAGACACCUAUAAAUGCUUUGCCGUAAAUGAAUUUGGGAAAGCUGUUGUUACUGUUAUGCUCAAUAUUAUAGAAGUUGGCUACAAGAAAAAAAAGGCUCAAGCAACAACGGAAACAAGGUGA